UUUGUCCCUGAAGUUUGAUGCACACUGAGGGGAGCUGACUUGUUCUACACACAGAAUACAGUUUUUCAGAACUCCAGUAUGCAUCCACCGACAGAUCAUCUGAGUGCUGCGUCCUCAGCAGAUGAUAUGCCAACGAAUAUGAGUCAAACCAUUUUUACCUCUGACUGUGCUCCCAUGGCUGCAGUUUGUAGCUUGGUUGCACUCGCCAUUGGUGGUUUGAUCGUCGCUGUCGUCAUUUGUAAAUGGAGAAGUGACAAAGCUGAUUUGCAGAGGAAAAUUACAUCUCUUCAAAAUGAGAGGGACAGGGAUGAAGAGGAGAACAUUGCACAGGUGCUGUCCAGCCUACAGGGACUGAUAAGGGACCUGGAGGCACAGAAACAUCAAGUCAAAGGAGAACUUCAGAGAGUUGAGGCAGAGAGGGAAGAGAACGAGAGGCAGCUUCAGUCAGUGGAGGCAGAGAUAACAGAGAGAGAAAAACUAUUUGACAAGCCAGAGGGAUUAUUGAGAGAUAAAGAAAAGCUACUGCAGGCUCAGUGGAAACUGGACGAGACAAAGAGGAACAUAGAGAGACGGAUGCUGAACAUAGAGAAAGUGCUGGAGCCAGUGGAGAUACAGGUCAGUAGAAUGAACAAGAAGAGAUGUGAUCAGUUUUGGUUAGAUUAACCAAACAGACAUUCUCACAGAGGGUGUUGUGUGCUGUAAUACUGGGCGACAUGUAUGUACUUGAUGUAAUCCUCAAUGUCUUUAUUCCAAACAUUAUGCACUCUGUACUGAAGCUUCACGUCUUUGUUGUUAUGUUGCCAUAGAUAGUUAUAAAGGUAUAAGGGCUCUGUCCUGUGAAUCCACAGAUAAUGUGAUGGCGAGGACUAAAAACAAACAUUGUCAGUCUGUUCGUCUGUUGUUGAAGAUAAUCAGCAACUAUUUUGAGAUUUUUUUCCUUAAUUCUGCUCUUGUGUUAUUAGUUACAGCUUCUCUCUGUUUUACAUCAUUGUAAACUCAUUAUCUCUGUAAACCUAGACCGGACUCUGGACUGAAGGUCCAAUAGUUCAAUGGUUCAAAGGUUCAAUAGUAUGGUUAACCCUCUAACUUGUUGCC